AUGAGGCGAUUGAGUGAGCAGGAACUCCGGCAGAAACGUGAGAUGGGUUUGUGUUUCCGGUGUGACGAUAAGUGGAGUGUGAACCACCGUUGUAAGAAGAGAGAGCUCAGCGUGUUGAUAUCGGAAGAGGAGGCUUUAGAGGAAGAAGGGACUGGCGAAUUGGCCGUGGUGGAAGUGGGAGAAGAAACACCCAUCAAUCCCGUGGAUCCGCCACCGAUCAUCUCCUUAAAUUCGUUGGUGGGUAUCACAAAUCCGAAAACGAUGAAGCUGCAUGGGGUUGGGGUGAAACUGGGCAACAGCGAAUCUGUCAAAGGGGAUGGUGAGUGCAGAGGAGUGACCCCUCACCUCCAAGGUCUCACGGUGGUGGAAGAUUUCCUAACACUUACGUUGGGAAAUGCGGAUGUCAUUUUAGGUAUCCAAUGGCUUGAGAAACUGGGCACCAUUGCCACUAAUUGGAAGCCUCAAUUGAUGAAGUUUGAUUUAGGAGGGGCCAGAGUGACUUUGCAGGAAGACUCGUCGCUUGGACGGACUGGCAUUUCUCUUAAGGCAAUGAUUUGGACUCUCUCGAAGGAAGGAACGAGCUUCUUGGUGGAAUUAUGUGAGAUGGAAGAAGAUGGUCCUAUAUCUAAGUCUGGACCUAGUGUUCCUGAAUUUUUACAGCUCACUUUGAACCAGUUCAGGGAGGUGUUUGAAUGCCCAGAAGGUUUGCCUCCUCAAAGAGACAUAAAACACACAAUAGUGCUGCGUGAGGGCACUAAUCCUAUUAAUGAGAGGCCCUUCCGGUACCCCCACAUCCAGAAGAAUGAGAUUGAGAAAUUGGUAGGUGAAAUGAUUCAAGCAGGAAUCAUCCGCCCUUCAUCGAGCCCAUACUCAAGCCCAGUCCUCUUGGUUAAGAAGAAAGAUGGCUCUUGGCGUUUCUGUGUGGAUUACCGAGCCUUGAAUAAAAGUACAGUGCCAGAAAAAUACCCGAUUCCAAUCAUUGAUGAGCUGUUAGACGAGUUACAGGGGGCAGCAAUGUUCACUAAACUGGACCUCAAGUCUGGCUACCAUCAGAUACGAGUCCGAGAAGGUGAUGUGCCUAGAACCGCAUUCCGCACUCAUAAUGGCCAUUAUGAGUUCCUUGUCAUGCCAUUUGGUCUAACCAACGCCCCGGCCACAUUCCAGUCAUUAAUGAACUCGAAACUAUACAUCAAUGGCAAGAAAUGCGAGUUUGGCCAUAGAUCAGUAGCUUACUUGGGCCAUAUAAUCUCGGCUGAGGGUGUUGUAGUGGACAAUGACAAAGUCCAGGCUAUGUGUGCUUGGCCUCAACCCCGCAAUUUAAAAGAACUUCGUGGCUUUUUGGGCUUAACUGGAUAUUACUGGAAAUUCAUCCGGAAUUUCGCUCACAUUGCUCAACCAUUAACUCAACAUCUUAAGGAGAACUGUUUUAGAUGGAAUGAGGCUGCUUCAACAGCUUUCCAGAAUUUGAAAGAGGCAAUGACUAAAUCCCCUGUACUAGUCAUGCCCAAUUUCAGGAAGCCAUUUGUAAUAGAAACCGACGCUUGUGGUCAUGGUGUUGGUGCUGUUUUUGUUACAGUUUGA